AUGGGGAGGAAAGUUACUGAGAAGAAGAGGCCUAGCUUCAUCCAUAUUAUGCAUCCUAGUCUCACUGCUGAACGUCUGAAAAUUCCACCUAAUUUCACCCGAAAGCACAUUGCAAAUGAUCUGUCUGAAUGGGCAACAUUGAACUUGGAAGGAUCUUCUGAGGGUUCAUGGAGAAUGAAAGUGAGAAAAUCUGGAAAAGAUGUGUAUUUGAAAGAAGGGUGGGAGGAGUUCUUGAGGGUGAACUGCUUGGGUGACAAAGAGUUCUUAAUGUUCUUCUACCAUGGGGAAAUGCAAUUCAGUGUAGAGAUUUUCAACAAGAAUGGGUGUAAGAGGAUGGAUUUCCAUAACAUAAAAGCACCUCAAAACUCCAUAGUUCCUAACAGUAUUGAAAGGCCUAAAGGUAGAUCAAGGAAAUGUAGCAAAGCCAAUUCAGCUGAUAACGAGGUCGAAGUAGAAGACGAGGAAGAUUACAAUGACAACCCUGCUCAGGAAUCUGCUGAAUUGUCUGAAUCCGGAGUCCCCCAGUUUACAAGCAUUAUUUCCUUACCUCACAAUGUGGGAAUCCCCAAAAGCUUCUCUGAGCAUCUUUCUCCGGGUCAAUAUGAGGUUUCCCUGAAGAACUCGAAGGGCAAACCAUGGGAGGUGAGAGUUUUGGAAAACAGAGGAAGACUCUGCAUUUCUGCAGGCUGGAGGGCUUUCGCAGAAGCCAGCCAAAUCAAGCUCCGUGAUAAAUGCACAUUUGAGCUUGUGGGUGAAAAGAGAAUGGUAGUUCACAUUUGUAGCAAGCAUCUUGUGUUAGACAGCCUGAUUCCAAUGACCAACCUUGUCAUUCUCAGAACCAUUCUGGGCAAUACCCGAAAAGGUUUCCUAUUCAGAUUCAUCGAUCGUCGUUUUCUUGUUCCCCUAACAUUACUCACACAUUCUUUCGCCUCAACUUCGAAACCCGACAGCACUUCCACUCUGCCCAAACACCCAGACUUGUUCUCACUCAACAAAAACAUCUCCCAUUUGAUCCGAACUGGUCGGAUUUCCCAAGCUAGGGAAGUGUUUGACAACAUGAAGCACCGAAACAUCGUAACCUGGAACUCAAUGAUCUCGGGGUACGUCAAACGUAGGGAGAUUGCCAAGGCACGGAAGCUGUUCGACGAAAUGCCUGAGAGAGAUGUUGUGUCAUGGAAUGUGAUGAUCUCCGGGUACGUUUCGUGCCGCGGAGCAAGGUACAUUGAGGAGGGGAGGAGUUUGUUUGAUCAGAUGCCGACGAGGGACUCUGUUUCUUGGAACACAAUGAUCAGUGGGUAUGCCAAGAAUGGCAGGAUGGGGGAGGCAUUGCGGCUUUUCGAGUGUAUGCCUGAGAGGACCGUUGUGUCUUGGAAUGCAAUGGUUACCGGGUUUUUGCAGAAUGGUGAUGUUGGGAGUGCGGUGGAGUUUUUUGAGAGAAUGCCUCAGCGGGAUGGGGCUUCGCUUUGUGCACUUGUGUCGGGGAUGGUUCAUAAUGGUGAAUUGGAUGAAGCUGCGAGGAUUGUGGUGCAAUGUGGAAAUAGGGGUGAGGGUGGGGAGGAUUUGGUGAGUGCUUAUAAUACGUUGAUUGCUGGUUAUGGCCAGCGAGGAAGGGUGGAAGAAGCUUGGCAGUUUUUUGAUCAAAUCCCAAUUUGUCAGGAGAAGGUGGGAGGGGAGGGUAGGAGGUUUGAGAGAAAUGUAGUGUCGUGGAAUUCCAUGAUUAUGUGCUAUGUGAAAGCAGGAGAUGUUGUUUCUGCUAGGGAACUUUUCGACCAGAUGAUAGAACAUGACACAUUUUCUUGGAAUACCAUGAUUAGUGGCUAUGUGAAUAUAUCAGAUAUGGAAGAGGCGUCCAAGCUCUUUCGUGAAAUGCCAACGCCUGAUACACUGUCAUGGAAUUCCAUGAUCUUAGGGUAUGCCCAGGUUAGUCGUUUAAAACUAGCUCAUGAAUUUUUUGAUAGGAUGCCACAAAAGAGUCUUGUCUCUUGGAACUCCAUGAUAGCAGGAUAUGAGAAAAAUGAGGACUUCAUAGGAGCAGUUAAGCUCUUUUCUCAGAUGCAACUUGAAGGAGAGAAACCUGAUAGACACACUUUAUCUUCAGUUCUUAGUGUGUGUACUGGGCUGGUGGAUCUGCAUCUUGGCAUGCAGAUUCAUCAGCUGGUCACAAAGAUAGUCAUUGCAGAUUUGCCAAUAAACAAUUCUCUUAUAACUAUGUAUUCAAGAUGUGGUGCAAUAGAGGAGGCGCACACAAUUUUUGAUGAGAUGAAACGGGAGAAAGAUGUGAUCUCGUGGAAUGCAAUGAUCGGAGGUUAUGCAUCUCAUGGUUUUGCUGCAGAGGCUCUAGAACUUUUCACUUUGAUGAAGAGGUUAAAGGUGCAACCUUCUUAUAUAACAUUUAUUGCAGUGUUAAAUGCGUGUGCUCAUGCUGGAUUAGUUGAAGAAGGGCGCAGGCAAUUAAAAUCCAUGAUUAGUGACUUUGGUAUUGAGCCACGUAUUGAACACUAUGCAUCCCUUGUGGACAUAAUGGGACGGCAUGGACAGCUUGAGGACGCUAUGGAUGUGAUCUAUAGCAUGCCAUUUGAAGCAGAUAAGGCUGUGUGGGGAGCAUUAUUAAGUGCAUGUAGAGUGCAUAACAAUACAGAAUUGGCAAAAGUUGCAGCUGAAGCAUUAAUGAGACUUGAACCUGAAAGCUCAGCUCCAUAUGUAUUGUUAUACAAUAUGUAUGCUGAUGCCGGACUAUGGGAUGAAGCAGCAGCGGUGAGACUGCUUAUGGAUGACAAUAAGAUAAUUAAGCAAAAAGGCUACAGUCGGGUAGAUUCUUCCCAUUGCUGA